CUACCCACCACCCCUCCACCUGUCCACGCUACCCUCGGGAGCCCAGACCUGAUUCCCAACCCCUCGGCCCGCCCUCCCGCUCCCCUUGGAGCUCCAGCCUUGCCCACCCCUUCAGUCCUCGGGAGCCCAGACCCACCCCGGAAGUCUAGACUUGCCCCCCUCCCCGGACCCCGACCUGCCCUUACAAAUCUAGACUUACCCCGUCCCCCUCUCCCCCCAAGACCGGCCCGACGCUACACCUUCCCUCCCCUCAACCUGGCUUCCGAGCCCAGGCCCAGGCCCGCCCCGCCCCGCGGGGAUGCCCUCCCUGACGCCCCCUCUCCUUGCAGGGGCGCGAGCGGACGCGAGGAGGGGCGAGCUGCCGGAGGCCGGAAUGGAGCCCGGCGAAAGGAGGAGGCUCUCAUCCGCCUCCCUGGAAGGAGACCUGAGAGAAGAAAAUAAAUUAAAACGAGGAAUUUCCCAAGACUUGACAUCUUCCCCUAAAUCAGACAGAUACAAAAUAGCAAGACAAUUAACAGAAAAGGCCAUCAAGGAAAAGAAGAUUUUCUCCAUCUACGGGCACUACCCAGUGAUACGGGCCGCCCUCCGAAGAAAGGGCUGGGUGGAGAAGAAGUACCACUUUCUGCCCAAGGUCCUCCUGAAUGUGGACGAUGACGGUGUGGGGGUGACAGAACAGAAACGUGCGGAAGGCAGAGAAAACCAAGAAGCGGCUCCGGAGAAGACAGAUGACAUCCAUGAUGUGAUGUCCAGGUUGGUCAAAAACGAAAUGCCGUACUUCCUCUGGACCAUCAAAAGGGAUGUCGUUGACUAUCACAGCUUGAGCUGUGACCAGAUGCUGAAUCACUAUGGGAAGACGGCUUCCUUCACCACCAAGAUCGGGCUGUGUGUGAACAUGAGGAACCUACCGUGGUACGUCCAGGCCGACCCUGACUCCUUCUUCCCACGUUGCUACGGCCUCUGCACCGAGAACGAGAAGCAAGAAUUCCUGGACGACUUCCGGCGGACGGUGGCCUCCAGCAUCCUCAAGUGGGUGGUCAGGCACCACAAGUGCGGCAGCAGCGGGGAGGCCGGCGACCGCGGCCCCGGCAGCAAGAAAGUUCCCGAGAAUGCGGAAUCCAAGCCCAUGGGCCUCUCGGGGGAGCUCGUGGACACCGCAUGCAAGGUGUGCCAGGCCUACCUGGGUCAGCUGGAGCACGAGGACAUCGACAUCUCCAAGGACGCCGCCCAGGACCUCACGGAGGACGAGUGGAAGGACCUGACGCAGCAAUACUACUCCCUCGUUGACGGUGGUGCUUUCAUCUCCAAUUCGAGAAAUCACUUUUCGCAGUGCCAGGCCCUGCUGAACAAAAUCACGUCUGUGAACCCUCAGACGGAGAUCGACGGGCUUCGGAACAUCUGGAUCAUCAAGCCCGCAGCCAAGUCCCGCGGCCGAGACAUAGUGUGCAUGAACCGAGUGGAAGACAUCUUGCAGCUGGUGACCACAGACCACCCGUCCGCCAAGGAUAACAAGUGGGUGGUGCAGAAGUACAUCGAGACGCCGCUGCUCAUCUACGACACCAAGUUUGACAUCAGGCAGUGGUUCCUGGUCACCGACUGGAACCCCCUGACCAUCUGGUUCUACAAGGAAAGCUACCUGCGGUUUUCAACACAGCGCUUCUCCCUGGACAACCUGGACAGCGCCAUCCACCUGUGCAACAACUCCAUCCAGAAGCACCUGAAGAACGACGAGGAACGCAGCCCCCUGCUGCCCUACCACAACAUGUGGACCAGCACCAGGUUCCAGGAGUACCUGCAGAAGAGGGGCCGCGGGGCCGUGUGGGCCAGCGUCAUCUACCCGGCCAUGAAGCGGGCCGUCGCCAACACCAUGAGGGUGGUGCAGGACCACGUGGAGCCACGCAAGAACAGCUUCGAGCUGUACGGGGCCGACUUCAUCCUGGGCCGCGACUUCCAGCCCUGGCUGAUCGAGAUCAACUCCAGCCCCACCAUGCACGCGUCCACGCCCGUCACGGCACAGCUGUGCGCCCAGGUGCAGGAGGACACCAUCAAGGUGGUGGUGGGUCGCAAGGUUGACCGCAACUGCGACGUCGGCAACUUUGAGUUGCUGUGGAGACAGCCUGCUGUGGAGCCUCCGCCCUUCCACGGGUCCGACCUGUGUGUGGAAGGCGUUGGUGUGCGCAGAGCCAGGAAGCAGAUGCCGCCCAUUUCCAGCGCUAACUGUCCAUCCGCGCUCCUGGACCCUCAGCCGCUGAAGGUGCGGUCCCCCUCGGCCGUGCCAGGCCCGGCUCCGGGCCGCCUCCCGACGGCUGUGCGCGGGGACUUGAGGCCGGACGACGCACAGGCGCUCGCUUGCACCCUGCCCGCGCCCCUCAAGAGGCCGGCCGAGAGACGCUGCGAGGCGCAGUCCGCCAGGAAGUCAGCGGUCCCCACUCGUGAUUUUCGACUCGCGGACGGUCAGGCCCCGAAAAUCCGCCUUCCCAAAGCCGAGUCCGACAGACGCUCGGGGGCCGACACGGUCAGCGCGCGGGCUCGGCCGGCCGUGCUCCCGAGCGUGAAGACACCGGAGGGCGCCCUGUUUCAGCCGCUCACGCCACCGGGUGUUGUUCUUAUCACUGCUUACACCGUCUGUGUCUUUCUGUACCUACCCACCUACAUUCCUCCCGCCCUUCAUGCCUCCACGCGUCUCAGACUUUCAACAUGGACUCUGCUCAAGUCAGCUCUAGAAUGUCCCUCGGGCGGGGCCUGGGGGCGGCACGCGCACCCUCCUUUUGGGGCUGCAGAGGUCUUUCUGGCCGGCGCUCCCGAGACGGCUCCUCCUCUGCCGUGGGGUCCCCCCACCCUCGCUCGCUCCCCGGGCCUGGCGGCUGCCUUCCUCCCCAGGAGAGCCCUCCGUUCCGCCCGCUGCGUCCAGCUGUGUUGUCCUUUUUUAUCCUCGUAACUGGAACUUCCUUAA